CUUAAUCUUACUGUUUACAGUCGAAACAAUGGUUAUGCUAUUUCCACACCGGCUCAUGAGCAGUACAGGGGUGAUGGUAUUGCGUCGCGUGGGUCGGGGUACGGAAUGCUUACAAUACGCGUGGAUGGUAAUGACACUUUGGCGGUGUACAACGCAACACGAAAGGCUCGUCAGAUAGCCCUAGAAGAGAGCAGGCCUGUAUUGAUUGAGGCGAUGACUUAUAGAGUUGGUGAUCAUAGCACAAGCGAUGACAGUUCAACAUACAGAACAGCAGGGGAGCUUGAAUACUGGACUAAAACCAAUAACCCAGUCACCCGCUUUGAACGUUAUAUAACCAACGAACGUAACUGCUGGUCAGCAGAAGAAGACGAAAAGCUGUCAAAGGAUUGUUCCAAACGGGUAAUUGAGGCGUUCACUGCAGCAGAGAAGCGAUUAAAACCAUCGCCUUCUCUCGUGUUUACUGACGUAUAUGAUGAACUACCUGUCAAUUUGAAGAAACAGCAGAAACAAAUGCGUGAACACGUCGGCGCACAUAGCCAGCACUAUCCUCUCAAACGACACGAGUCACUGUGACGUAUUAAUGAUCCCUUUAUGACGUAGAAUACAGUCGCCAUGGUUUGGGGGUCGCUUCCGCUAUGCAACUUUAACCACUCCAAAACACAAUCUAUUAUCAUCUUAUUAAAUUGCGUUAUGAAAACCCAAAUCGCUUUUCCUUUAAAAAACAUCAGCUCUCGAUCGCGUGGCUUAAUAACUAUUAUUGAGGUACAAAUAUAUUUCAAAACAAUUCCAUUACAGUAUAGUUUUAGUAUCAAAGCUAUGUAACUUAUUUCCAAAUUGCUUUGUUCUUAUAGUUUGUCCAUACACAUUAUAGUGAGCUAUCUUUCUCUCUUAUCCUAAUGUACAUGGAAAAUAGAGUUCCCUCUCAAAUAUACACAACUUAUAACACGUCACCGCCAUUCCUUGCUGGUUUAAUAACCUUUUUCAAAAUUUCCUUCUUUAAACUGUAAAUAAAACAAUGUUAAAAAAUCGUACGUUUUCGAAAUACAAAUUAGUAGAUCGCGUCUUUAUAUACCGAUAUAAAUA